GGAGCAGCCCACAUCCAUCCUCUGGGGCCACUGCUAUGACUUUGGCUCUGACUCUGCAUGAGGUCAGAAAGCACUAGAGACUUGCACACAGUUGACACUACCUGAUGGAGAUCUGGGCAGGACUGCUUGCUGCUGUAGUGACCGUGCCAAGCACUUGUGUCUCAGUUGUCCCUUAUGACACCCUGCAGAAGAAUGUUUAGUCACAUGUGUACACAUACUCCUUCAUGCGGGUCCUUGAGUCGGUGAUGAAAUCAGACCAUACAGAGUUGCACUGAUAAGAACACUGAGGUUCUUAGGGGCAUGGCUCACCUGUGGGAUCCAGCCUGUGGGGGUCAAGCUGUCCUGACUGGGACUUCAACCCAGGGGUGUGGUGUGGACACACCUCAGUGAGACCCAAAAUGUGUCUCUAAGCACACACGGCCAUCAUCUCACAUGCCAUCUCUGCAGGUAGGCACGGUGGUGCUGACACCCGUCACUGUCAGGGCAUCCAGAAACCAGCUUUUUGUUAUGCGGUCCCACGCUUUUCAUGAAAGAGUCAGUUGCUCCAAAGAGGGGGCUUUCCCCUUUGAGGAGGUUACUGGGCAUGCUCUUGGCUCCUUGUGUGGGGUAAGAGAAGAAAAGCACUGAGUCCAGUCUUGUGACCGCCUAAUGGGGGCAGACAUGCUGUCACCUCAGAGUGUCUACUUGGGUCGAUGGGUAGAGGAUGAGAUAGCACUGAGUUUUGAAAGAAGAGGAAAGUAUUUCUCUAUGCCUGGCUGCCUAAAAAACUGUACUUGCCUAUUGUUCAGUGGGGGUUUGCAUGGCCAACUUGGAUCGUUUGACUUCAAAAGAAUGUUUAUGUGAUAACCAAAGGAACAUUUCAUGUAGGGUGACCAAUUUUUCCUUCUCAACCCUCAUCUUGAAUUCGGACAGAUGUGCAGCUACCUAGUGCAUUGUCACUGCCCUGGAUUCCUAUAAAUUCCUGUAAGAGCCUUUGCUCCUUUCCUGUGGUCGCUGUCACAAAUUACCACAUACUGGGGCGCCUGGGUGGCUUGGUGGGUUAAAGCCGCUGCUUCGGCUCAGGUCAUGAUCUCAGGGUCCUGGGAUCAAGCCCCGCAUCAGGCUCUCUGCUCAGCGGGGAACCUGCUUCCUCCUCUCUCUCUCUCUCUCUGCCUACUUGUGAUCUUUGUCUGUCAAAUAAAUAGAUAAAAUCUUAAAAAAAAAAAUUACCACAUACUUAGUGGCUUCAAACACAGAUUUAUUAACUACAGUUCUGGAGGUCAGAAGUCUGCAUUCUCAGCAAUAGUCAAGCUAUUGGUGGGACUGCGUUCCUUCCCAAGGCUCUGGGUGAUCAUCUUUGGCCUUUUCCAGCUCCCUAGAGGCCACCUACAUUCUUUGGCAUGGGGCCCCUUCAUCUUCAAAGACGUGUCUGACUUCUGCCUCUUUUGUUUUAUCUCAGACCUCAUCCUCCUGUCCGGCUCUUAUUAAGACCUUGAUGAUUAGUUCAGGGCCACCGCAAUAUGCAGGGUAACCUCCCUAUCUCAAACUCUUUAACUCCUACCUGUGAAGUCCCUUUUGCCAUGAAAGAUAACAUUCACAGAUUCCAGGGAUUAAAGAUGGGGACAUCUUUUGGGGGCCUUUAUUCACCCUGUCCCUUGACCUGUGCUUCCCACUUCGCUGAGACACUAAAGCCUGCAAGGCUGGCUUGCAUGUGUUCCCCCCACCCAGGCUUACCCCUCUUUGGCUCUUUCUGUCAGUGUGGGUGGGAAAGGUGCUGUGCGGGCUUAAAGACACCCGCUCCUUCCUGUCUGUAAGGCCUAAGAGCGCAGGGACUCUUGGUCUACGCUAGAUCCUUCAGGCUAAUGUCACUGGAUGCUUUUCACUCCUUUUAGUUCACCUCUCUGGAUUUCGCAUGCUUGGACGCUCUCUCUUAAGUGAACCCCCUUGCCCUUAGCUUCUAUGUCCUCCCUUCGUGUUCCUUCUCUCUUCUCGGGGGUCAGGAGACAGUUAAUGGUAUUGAUGAUGGGAGAAUAUGGAGACCCUUGGCACACUGCACUCCAAACCUUCAGUGCCUGGCAUGCAGAAGCCCCUGUACUUGUUACUCACCAUCUGAGGUACUCGUGGGUUCCCAGGGAUCUCUGGUGAGAUCCCUCCUGGUUAGAGGCACCUUCGGUUGCCCAAAGUAUCUCAGGUCGUAUUUUCUCUGGGAUCACACCUACUUGUGCUCCUCUGGCCCGAGGCUAGAAAACCGUGAGGUGAUCCUUCCUGAAAGCAACUGUGAGGCCCUCCUGUAGUGGAAGAAAAAACUGGAAAGAUUAGACCCAGAAACACAUCUCUCCCUGAGCUGGUAUCCUUGCUCUGGCUUUUGGGACACCACCUACCCUUGAUUAUGGAAAGAAAGGUGAACUAGGUCCCUGUGAUCUUAGCAGCUAUGGGAGAGCAGAAAGAUAAUCUAGUAAGGAAGAUGCCAAAGUAUAGGGUUUCUUACGAAUCACCUGGAGAUUUUUUGUUUUGUUUUGUUUUUGAAGGAGGUCGGUUUGGGAUGGAGGGCCCUAUGGAAACCUAGUGACUUUGCCUGCUCUGGAUGACAGGCCAUCUUUCUUCGCUUUGGCGGAGGUGAGGGAUUCAUCCCUCCCUCUCCCUCAUUCCCCACAGCUGGUCUAGUCAUCUGAUGUAAAUGCAGUGUUUGAGGUGAGAGGUGUCACAGGAGCAAUGAGAGAGGCCUUAAAUGCUAGAGUAAGAACUUGCGUUGAAUGGGAGAUAGUUGGGGAGCCAACCAAGUGGAUGAGAUUCUACCUUCUAAACUCCUGGAGAAUCUGUCUGUCCUUCUCUUCCGCACCGUCCCAGCCUGGCUUAGGUCUCCUUCAGGUCUUACAGGAAUGUCUUCCGUGGCCGUGCCUCUCUACAUCACAGCUAAACACAGAUCUUGUCCAGAUUUUCCAGCGGUCAGAUCUGACCACCCCCCUGCUUAAAAUCUUCAUUUGUUCCCCACCUGUCCUCCAUUUAACCCAAGCUCUUACUCCAAGUGUUAGAGGCCCUCCCUAGUUGGCUCCAUAAACUCUCUAGCCUCAUCUGUUUUUCCAAACAUUUAACUACUAGAAGUUCCCAACAUUUCCCGCUCCCCCCGACCCUGGCCUUUGCACAGGCUGUGCUCUUUGCUUGGGAUGCUGUCCCCUCCUCCUAGCUACUUGUCAAAUACCCACAUGGUAGUUGACUUGGGAUCACCUCUCUCUAGAACCUGCUGACUCCUUCCCUCCAGUAAUCACUCCUUCUUCGUGCCCCUUUGUUCUCCCAGUAGACUUCUACCUACAAACUUGUCUGCAUCUGUUCUGUCUCCUUCCCACCUAGAGGGGACGCUGCUGUGGCCAGGCUUCUGGCGUCUGUCACUGGCAAGCUGUCCUGGGCUGGACCUACCACCAGCCCCAGUAGAUGCUGAAUGAAGGGAUGAGGGUACUGUUGGAACCUUCAUGCUCUAAGAUCUGGUGCACACAGUUGAAUGAAUUUGAAUAAAAAUACAAACAUUUCAAGAGCUGUUUGCUCCUGAGCAAGUCAUUUGAAUUCUGAACCUUCAUGUCCUCAGCUCAGCCCUAUACCUCUCAGGAUUCUAGGGAGUAACAUAUGUGCGGUACUUGGUACAGUGCCUGGCUUACUGUAGGGGCUCAAAUAUUUAUUAUCCUCUCAGCCAAGAAGCAGAGAAGGGAAAGGUGUUCGGUCAGUGCACAGGGCAUUAGAAGCAGGGGUGGAAGGGGAGGGGGUGGAAACCGGACACCCCAGUGUGCCUGGGCUUCUAAAACUGCUGGACGCCUGCUAUGUCUUAGAGCAAAGUCAAAUUAGGUGGACAGCGGUGGGGGUGGCAGAUCAAGGGCCUGCGGAGGCCAAGCCCUCCCCGGGCUGUCAGAAUGGACCGGCCCUCAGUGACAUCACAAUCCUGAGGAGUUGCCAAGGCACUGCUGGAGGCGGGCCGUCUUAUUUCUCCCCACGGAGCUCUAGGAUGUGGAUGUGAGAAAGGUGAGCCAAGAAGAAAGAUGGCGACGAGGAGCAGCCCUAGCCCCAUGCCCCUGGGUACGGCUCAGGGUGAUCCCGGAGAGGCAGGAACACUGCCAGGUUCCGAUGCUGGCAUCCGGGACACAGGUCUGGUCACCCCGCUGAAGAUGAAGCCCAAGAAGGUGCGCAAGAUCAAGGCCCUCAUCAUUGACCUGGGCUCCCAGUACUGUAAGUGCGGCUAUGCCGGCGAGCCCAGGCCCACCUACUUCAUCUCCUCCACCGUGGGCAAGCGCUACUCGGAGGCGGCUGAUGCUGGCGACACCCGCAAGGAGACCUACGUGGGCCAUGAGCUGCUCAACACGGAGGCGCCCCUGAAGCUGAUGAACCCGCUCAAAUACGGCAUCGUGGUGGACUGGGACUGCGUCCAGAGCAUCUGGGAGUACGUCUUCCACACGGCCAUGAAGAUCCUCCCUGAGGAGCAUGCGGUGCUGGUCUCCGACCCCCCGCUCAGCCCCAGCAGCAACCGGGAGAAGUACGCGGAGCUCAUGUUCGAGACCUUCGGCAUCCCUGCCAUGCACGUGACAUCCCAGUCACUCCUGUCCAUCUACUCCUACGGCAAGACCUCGGGCCUGGUGGUGGAGAGCGGGCACGGCGUCUCGCACGUGGUGCCCAUCUCGGAGGGCGACGUGCUGCCGGGCCUGACCAGCCGCGCUGACUACGCUGGGAGUGACCUCACCAACUACCUGCUGCAGCUGCUCAACGAGGCUGGCCACAAGUUCACGGACGACCACCUGCACAUCAUCGAGCACAUCAAGAAGAAGUGCUGCUACUCGGCACUCGUGCCCGAGCAGGAGCUCACCCUGUGCCUGGAGGACAUGCGCGUGGACUAUGAGCUCCCCGAUGGCAAGCUCAUCACCAUCGGCCAGGAGCGGUUCCAGUGCGCCGAGAUGCUCUUCAAGCCCAGCCUGGUGGGCAGCAACCAUCCCGGCCUCCCCGCGCUCACGGCCGCCUGCCUGGACCGCUGCCGGGAGGCGGGCUUCAAGGAGGAGAUGGCCGCCAACGUGCUGCUGUGUGGCGGCUCUACCAUGCUGGAUGGCUUCCCCGAGCGCUUCCAGAGGGAGCUGAGCCUCCUCUGCCCCGGAGACAGCCCCGUGGUGGCUGCUGCGCCCGAGAGGAAGACCUCCGUGUGGACCGGCGGCUCCAUCCUGGCCUCCCUGCAGGCCUUCCAGCAGCUCUGGGUCAGCAAGGAAGAGUUUGAGGAGCGGGGCAGUGCGGCCGUCUACAGCAAGUGCUGAGCGCCGGGGUCCCGGCGGGCGGGGCCUGGUGGGCAAGCGGCCUCCGGCCACUCUGCGCAUUUACAGAAUUUCUCAUAAAACUUCAAGUG